UGCGCUGGAGCGAACUACAACCGCCGUGUCGGUCAAUGCGACAUCUUCGACGCCAUCGAUGGAGAAGCUGACGUCAAUGAACAUGUCGACUUCUACAAGAACCUCUGCGUUAUCAAGGAAACCGACAGUGGAGUGUCAGCAGCUGCCAAUGUGCCAGCACAGACUCAUCGUAUGUCCGGUACGGUCACUAACAAGAAGAAGGACUCACGUGGAGAACUGCUUGCAACGAAGAAGGUGAAACCAUCAAUUCGUGAACACGAACAACAUCGACGCAAGCCUGAAGCCACUUCACCUAUUGGACCUCCAGUAUCCAUCCCGCCUGGUGCAAUUCACACCAUUUGCAACUAUGAAGGCAUAAAGGUCCAAGUGAACAACGGAGCAUCAUUCAGUGGUGUGAUCUUCGUGAAAAACAAGUAUGACACUUGCCGAGUAGAGGUAGCAAACUCCAACUCUGCUACACUCGUCUUGGGACUGCCAAAGGACUUCGGCAUGCGACCGAUUACAUUAGAAGGACUUGAGGAGACCACUUCACAUCCUGAAGGAAAGCGUCGCGAGAAAGCCGAACGAGUGAAGGAUGAACGAGAGGACUUCCGGCAUAAACGUCAAGCCCCCGAAAGUCGCGAUUGUGGUCUUAUUGAUAUGCUGAACGGCACCUACAAGACGACUGUGGUCAUCCAGACCAAUAACCUUGGCAUUCCCGGAUUGGUAACCUCCAUGGAUCAGCUCUACGAAGUCUCGUGCGAUUAUUCAAGCAUGCUUGGUGGAAAAGUUCAGGCUGGAUAUAACAUGACCGUUCUGUAA